AUGCACUUUAAAUUUUUUUUUUUUAUUUAUUCCGAAAAGGUAAGCAUUUGACCACAAUCUCACCUGAUGGAAAGUGCUGAUGUAGUCUAGGAUGGAACAUUCUUACCUAAAAGAUGUCUAUUCACUCUCGAUUUAAAAAGGUCCAAGUUAUAGUGGACUGGGAAUAGAUUUGCAGGAAGUGAAUUCCACAUGAUAAAUCUGGAUGCGUAGCGUUUAGUGCGAAUCAGUGGUAAAGUAACGACGUCAGGGUGAAACGCAAGUCCACGUCUAGUCCCACGGUUUUAAUGCUUGAAAAUAGAGACCUAAGCUCUCCGAAACAUGUCCAGCGAGUGACUAGUUGUCGGUAAGAGGCAGCCCUACAGUCAGAACGGGCUGCGAACGUCCCUUACCUUAUACUAGGUACCUAUACCACGAACAUAAGCUGUGCGUCCUCUACGGGGAGCGGAAGUGCCUGACCUUAUCGGACAUCCUACUGUACUAAUUGACAACGCGAUGUGGCCGACAUGGAUGCGCGCGCGUCACGUGCUGGGCACCGUGCGCGUUGUGCAAGCGAUACUCGCGGCGCUCCCCGCCAUCUACCUGAGCAUGCGUAUGCCGCCGCAAGCAAUAGUGCUAGAUAAAGCCGAGUACGACUUUAUAAUCGUGGGCGCGGGUACAGCCGGCUGCGUGCUGUCCAACCGACUCUCGGAGGUGGCGGCGUGGCGCGUGCUGCUCAUCGAGGCUGGUGGGGACCCGCCUGUGGAGUCUCAGCUACCCGGUCUAUACUACUACAUCAUCGGCUCCAGAUUAGACUGGAAUUACCAAACAGUCAACGACGGCUACUCCAGUCAAGCGCACAAGAACAAGAGCAUCAAGCUCACGCGUGGCAAGAUGCUGGGUGGCUCCAGCAGCGCCAACCUCAUGCUGCACGUACGAGGCAAUCCUGAGGACUUCAACUCCUGGGCCCGGGACAACCCCGGCUGGGGCUGGGACACCGCGCUUAAGUACUUCAUCAAGAGCGAGAACAUGAAGGAUGAUAAAAUCAUGAAUUCCCGCUUCAGAAAGUUCCAUGGAACCAGCGGACCGAUGGGCGUCACGAGGAUAUCUGAUCCGGAGAGAAACCAGUUGUAUUUCAAUGCUUUUCGGGAGCUAGGAUAUGAGAUUUUAUUGGAUGCGAAUAGUGAUAAGCAGCUUGUGUUCUCUGAAGGACAGUAUAUUGUUGCCGACGGUGUGCGUCAGAGUACUGCAACAGCUUUUUUAGGACCAAUAUCCAAACGACCAAACUUACAUGUUCUGAAACAUACUCUAGUCACUAAGGUUAUCAUGGAUGGUGCGAUCGCUAUAGGGGUCGAAGCUUUAGUUAAAGCAGGCAAAACAAUCAGAAUCAAAGCUAAUAAAGAAGUCGUUCUCUCAGCAGGGGCUAUUAACACUCCACAGCUUCUGAUGCUCUCAGGAAUUGGUCCAAGAAAGCAUCUCGAGGAGUUCGAUAUUAAUGUCAUUGCUGAUUUACCUGUUGGAGAAAACCUACAUGAUCAUAUUACUGCUCCUGUAUACUUUACAGCUGAGCGUAGUGAACCAGAAGAUGCGCCUCUAGACUUGCAUGGCGUAAGCGCUACAAUCACAGGAUACGUAUCUCUUAACAAAUCGAAAGCAGUGCCGGAUUAUCAAGUCUCAGCGUACCCUACAGACUCCGGUAAAGAUGCGCUCUGGUACUGUGGAAGCGUGUAUCAUUUAGACGACGAAGUCUGCGAUGCCUUAGACAAAGCGCUAGAAGGCUUCAAAAGUUUAUUCACCGAGAUAAACCUGAUCCAGCCUGUUUCACGCGGGCACGUGCGUUUACUAAGCAAAGAUCCUACACACCCACCAGAGAUUUACUUAGGUUACUACAAAAACGAUACAGAUUUAGAUAUCCAUGCGAAAAGCAUACAGGAUUACUUGCGCGUGUUGAAUACAACUAGUCUAAAACGCGUUGGAGCGAAAUUAGUAGAUCUCAAGUUGAAAGGAUGCGCUGGUAUAAAAUUCGGUAGUCACGAUUACUGGAGAUGUUAUGCGCGGGAGAUAGCGUGUACUGUAUGGCAUCCAGUGGGCUCGACGGCGAUGGGAGCGGUGUUAGAUGCGCGGCUGCGCGUGCGGCGGACGGCGGGCCUGCGCGUUGUGGACGCGGGGGUGAUACCCACCAUCACCAGCGGGAACACCAACGCACCCGUCGCGAUGAUCGCGGAGCAUGCUGCAGAUAUCAUCAAGAAGGACCACAGAGUGUCCACUUAGUGCUCUUGACCGUCAACUGCCGUGCGCUACUACAGCCGAAUAUCAACGUUCGUGCAUUGAUCACAAGGUUCAUAGUUACGUGCCGCGCACGGUAGGCAUGGCGUCCAAAGGGUUUACUAAAAUAAAU